ACCAAUUGACAGGUUUUUCAAUUACCGGAUCAGCUAACCCACCAAUCGCAAAGCUUGGACAAAAAGUGAUACUGUCCUGUGAAAUGGGAGGAUGCAUGUCUUCCAACCUUCAGAUGCACUUGUAUAAAUGGGAAUCCUGCAAAAAUCAAACACUGUUUAUCCACAAUAGCACAAAGCAACACAAUAUUCAAGAAAACCGUCCAGAAGAGAGAGAGAAGGAUGGCUCACCCAGAGGACAGUACAAGAAUGGGCUUCUCUCUGUGACACUUGAUCAAGUGCAACUAGCAAACAGUGGCCAGUAUGUCUGUGCUGGGAUGUGUGACGAUGUCUAUAAAGAAUCUAAAAUAGAGUUGGAAGUAGAAGAAGAAAUUACAGCUGGUAUUGGGGAAGUUGCUGUUUUCACCUUCCAGCCACUUGAGACAUGCAGUCUCUCCCAUCUGAAACUGCUUUGGAGAAGAGCAGAUUCUGGGAAAAGCCAGCAAAUCUAUUCUUAUCUGCAUCAGGAAGCCUGCCCAAUUAUUUAUUCUGAAGACACCCUUGGUGACAGGUGCUUUUCUUCACAUGGACCCGUCAGUAAAGAAUGGUUUGGAAAGAAAUAUCAACAAAGGAUUGAGAUCUCCAAAAGUCAGAUGCUUAUGAGAAAUGUUACUUUAUUUAAAGUAAGCAACAUUCAGAGAGAAGAUGCAGGGCAGUAUCUGAUUUCAGUGGAAUCUCAGGAGCUUCGCAAAGCAGUCAUCUUCACCCUUUCUGUGACAGGCAUCAGGUCUUCUGAGGUUUUCUCCUGGGUGUUUCCUAUCUUCAUCAUCCUUGACUUGGUCUUUAUAGCUGCAAAAUACAAUUUCAAACAUAAAGGGUUUAGAGGUUUUGAAAGAACCAAUGGCAGCUCCGAAGACAGUCAUCUCUCAGGCUCUGAUCCCCAGCCUCUACAUGGCAAGUGUGAGUUUUCUUCAGUGCACAAUCUUCCAUAAUCAUGAUUCUUGGAGUCACCUCUGAAUGCAGAGCUGAUGCUAAAAUGUUCCUAGCUAGGCCUGCCUCUUGUUCCUCGGCUAGAACCAAAAUUCUUUUUCUUUUUUGUCUUCAGUCCACAAGAUGGAGCAAAGCAAACGCUUCUCUCUAGAAAGUACAGGUAAAGACUGAAAAUACAGUU